AUGACGAAAGGUAAAAUCAGCGUGGCAUUUGUAUGCUUAGGAAAUAUUUGUCGUUCGCCUAUGGCUGAAGCUGUUUUCAAAAAGGUCGUCUCAGAUCAUGGUCUCGAAGAACGGUUCUCGAAGAUAGAUUCAUUUGGCACAGGAAACUGGCACAAGGGAGAAUGUCCAGAUCCACGGUCAGCUGCUACUUGUCGUAAGCAUGGUGUCCCAGUUAAUCACCAUGCGCAACAAAUUAAGAAGUCUAGUUUCGAAGAAUUUGAUUAUGUUAUUUGCAUGGACGAAUCCAAUAUGAGAAAUCUGCAAAGACUAAAACCCCCAGGGACCAAGGGUAAAAUCUUUCUUUUUGGCCACUGGAACACAAAUGGGAAAUUUAAUGACAUAGUCGAAGAUCCAUAUUACGGUGGUGACGAGGGUUUUGAAUACAAUUUUAAACAGGUGACGUAUUUCAGCGAAGAGUUUCUCCGCGCCGAACUAUGA